AUGGACACCAAUACAGGCCUGAGUGGGAACUCAAACCCGUUUGGUGGAAGCAAUAUAUCGAAACCAGUACCUAAAUCUGGCACGUCUCUAUCGCCUAGUCCUGAUAACGGUGAUAUUGUCCCUCGUGACAAGAAUGGAUGUUACAAGCUGGAUAUCCCUGUGCUACCGCCCGCAGUGUUUGAAGAAGCUGAUGGCGGCGAUUCAAUGGAAGGCAUAGAGCACACUGGAGGUGCCGAGAUACCAGUUGAAGAGGGAGGAGAACUGGCUGGGAGAGACAAAGAAAGUAUGUUUCUUCUCUCUUCAUUUAUUGCACUUGGAGUCAGUUCUAGAUAUAAAAAUCUAUUUCUAACAAAGGAAACAGAGAUCGAUGCAAGCUUUGUUGAAAUGAUGCGUCAUAAUAGGAGUAGGCAUAUUAAUGGCGAGCCAUCUGGUAUGAACUAUCGCUUGCUGCCACUUGUCUUCCUGGAAAUAAAACUAGUUCUACUAGAACAACUGCUAAUGAUAACCCUAGAAGUGUUCCUAUUAGUUCAGCAAAACCUCAGGGACAGCGUGUUAAAGCUCGAAGAGGAUAAUUGGAUGUUCGAAGCUGAGGAAGAAGUCAAACUAUAG